CGGUUUCCUGCCUCUCUCGGGGUGGAAGUUGGGUAUAUAGUCGUUGCCAUUGUUCAGGGGGGUUGCUCUACCCCAAACCCAUUUAAUAUGGGGGUGAGCGUAGGCAAAGCCAACCAUUACUCGGAGGCUAGGCUGGACUGGCGAGGUGAGGUCUAGCCCUCUCUUGGGGCCCCGCGAGAAGCACAGGCAUUGGCUUAGGGACCCGGGGAACACCAGAGUGUUUUUGCAAAACAGGAACCAGGGCAAAGUCAAAGUCGGAAGCAGGUCUACGGAGGGCUUACAGGGCCAGGAGGCAAGGAGCCCCCUCAGCAGCUUGGGGGGCACGGAUAAGAACCCAGUGCCCAGGACGAAGGGGCUGUUCUGAACUGAAGGCACGGAGCGGCCAACCACGGGGAGACCUGACACCGGGCAGACGGGAAACUGCUGACUCGUGACCCUCUGGGAUGACCGUGCACGGCUGUGCUCCUUGUGGCUGGAGUGUUCUCCGGAAGGGACUGCUUCUGGCUGAUUUUUACGGAUCAAGGCUUCGGUGACUCUGUGGACGUGGUCUUUGGACUUCUGUGUGCCAGAGCUGCAGGGUCACUUUAACAGAGGGGAGAGAACUUCUACGACCAGGUCCUCCUUCACCACCGGGGCCCUGACACGCCGUGACAACCAACUCCAAGCAGACUGAAGGGAAAGACAGAUCAACUCCCUGGCGGAGGUGUCUGGGGCAAGGAGCCGUAAGUCGCCGAGACCCGAUUGCAUCAUUUGCACGUUGGACGUAUGAGUCAUCGGGGCCGGCCGAGGACUGUCAAGACAGGUGCCACAGGGAAGGGGAACAUCCUGCAGGUACGUUCCGGAGGCUGCAAGGAGAGCCAGCAGCUCCGGCGCUCCGUCUCCGCCGUAGACAUCAGAGACUGCCCCGGCAGACAGACUUCACCUUCUGCCGAAGACACGCGGAAGCUCCGUGGAGUUCCACGAUGCCAGGCAGGGGCAGGUUCGUCUUCCUGUCGCUGGUAUGCGUGCUCAUGAACACCGGCCGGUCCCACGGGGAGAGCCAAGACAAGCCGAAUAUCGUCCUCUUUUUAGUCGACGACCUGGGCAUCGGCGAUCUCGGCUGCUAUGGCAACGACACCAUAAGUGAAGGUAUGGUGUCUGACAACCUUGACCGUGUCGUUGAAAGCCUUGGAGUCCCUGCAGGACUGCCUCGUAAUGAAACCACCUUUGCAGCCUUACUGAAAAACCAAGGAUACAGUACUGCACUCAUAGGCAAAUGGCACCAGGGGUUAAACUGUUACUCACGGAGUGACCACUGCCACCACCCAUACCACUAUGGGUUUGAUUACUACUAUGGAAUGCCAUUCACCCUUACACCGCCUUGCUGGCCAGACCCCUCGCGUGACACGGAGCUGGCCAUCACGAGUAAACUCUGGGUGUGUGUGCAGCUGGUCGGCCUGGCCGUGCUCACCCUCGCCCUGGGGAAGCUGAGUGGCUGGAUCUGCAUCCCCUGGUCCGUACUCCUCGCCAUGGUCCUGUUCGUCCUCCUCCUGGCCUACUGCUGGUUCUCCAGCUACUCGUCCGCCUUGUACUGGGACUGCCUACUCAUGCGGGGACACGACAUCACCGAGCAGCCCAGCAAGGCUGAGCGCGCCGGCUCCAUCAUGGUCAAAGAAGCGCUUUCGUUCCUAGAAAGGCACCGCGAAGGACCUUUUCUCCUCUUUUUCUGCUUUCUUCACGUCCACGUCCCUCUCCCCACCACGAAAGAGUUCAUGGGCACCAGCAAGCAUGGCUUAUAUGGGGACAACGUCGAAGAAAUGGACUCCAUGGUGGGCAAGAUUCUGGACGCUAUGGACGAUCUUGGUCUACGGAACAACACACUCGUCUACUUGACGUCAGACCACGGAGGGCAUUUGGAAGCUAGGCUCGGUCAUGUGCAGAUGGGAGGAUGGAACGGAAGAUACAAAGGUGGAAAAGGCAUGGGAGGAUGGGAAGGUGGAAUCCGAGUCCCGGGGAUUUUCCGAUGGCCAGGAAAACUACCAGCUGGAAAGUCGAUUGAGGAACCUACAAGUCUAAUGGAUAUUUUCCCAACUUUGGCUUCAGUGUCUGGAGGAAGCGUCCCCCGGGACAGGGUGAUCGACGGCCGUGAUCUCAUGCCCUUGCUACGGGGUGACAUCGAUCAUUCGGAGCAUGAGUUCCUGUUUCAUUACUGUGGCUCGUACAUCCAUGCUGUGCGCUGGCACCCCAAAGACAACAGUAACGCGGUCUGGAAGGUUCACUACGUGACCCCGGUCUUCCAGCCUCCCGGAGCCGGGGCCUGCUACAUGACCAACUAUUGCCGCUGCUCCGGGGAGAACGUCACGCACCACGACCCUCCUCUGCUGUAUGACCUCUCCAGGGACCCCUCGGAGUCCACCCCGCUGACCCCGGACACCGAGCCCCGUCACGACGCGGUGCUCCAAACGGUGGCCCGGGCCCUGCAAGAACACCGGAACGGCGUGGUCCCUGUCCUGCAGCAAUUGUCGGUAUUGAAUCAGGACAAAAUACUGCUGAAGCCCUGCUGUGGGGUGUUCCCGUUUUGUCUGUGUGACAAGCAGGGGGACCCCGCAGCCUAGGGUUCGAAUGGAAGGAACCCACCGCGACCAGGCAUCGGGCACGUACACGCCUGCAGGGAGCCAACGAGAAACCAAUAAAUCCGCUCACAUGCUA